AUGAAGGCAAUAGCGUUCUCUCUACUCUACCUUGUGGUUUCUACCACAGCUUAUACGGUGGGUAAAAAUGGAGGAGCUGGAGGAAUAAUAAUAGGAGGAGGACUAGGAUUAGGAGGAGGACUAGGAUUAGGAGUAGGAGGAAAAGGAGCAGGAGCAGGAGUAGUAGCAGGAGGAGCAACAGGAGUAGUAGCAGGAGGAGCAGCAGGAUCAGGAGGAGUAGCAGGAGGAGCAGGAGUAACAGGAGGAGCAGGAGUAACAGGAGGAGCAGGAGGAGCAGCAGGAGCAGGAGGAGCAGCAGGAGCAGGAGGAGCAGCAGGAGCAGGAGCAGGAGCAGGAGGAGCAGCAGGAGCAGGAGCAGGAGCAGGAGCAGGAGGAGCAGGAGGAGCAGGAGCAGGAGCAGGAGCAGGAGGAUCAGGAGGACUAGGAGUAGGAAUAGGAGUAGGAUUAGGAGGACUAGGAGGAGGACUAGGAGUAGGAGUAAGUGGAGGAGUAAGUGGAGGAGUAAGUGGAGUAAGUGGAGGAGUAAGUGGAGGAGUAAGUGGAGGAGUAAGUGGAGGAGUAGGAGUAGGAUCAGUACCAUCUGAACAACCACCAACUUCAAGCUCUGAACAACCAUGUGAAGAAUCUAGCAGCUCUGCCUCACCUAGUUCUCCCACUUCUGAACAACCAAGCGGUGGAUCCGGUGCAGGAGCAGGUGCAGGAGUAGGUGCGAAUGGAGGAGCCGGCGCAGGAGCAGGUGCAGGAGCAGGUUCGAAUGGAGGAUCCGGCGCAGGAGCUGGUGCAGGAGUAGGUGUAAAUGGAGGAGCCGGCGCAGGAGCAGGUGCAGGAGCAGGUGCAGGAGUAGGUGCGAAUGGAGGAGCCGGCGCAGGAGCAGGUGCAGGAGCAGGUUCGAAUGGAGGAUCCGGCGCAGGAGCUGGUGCAGGAGUAGGUGCGAAUGGAGGAGCCGGCGCAGGAGCAGGUGCAGGAGCAGGUUCGAAUGGAGGAUCCGGCGCAGGAGCUGGUGCAGGAGUAGGUGCGAAUGGAGGAGCCGGCGCAGGAGCAGGUGCAGGAGCAGGUUCGAAUGGAGGAUCCGGCGCAGGAGCUGGUGCAGGAGUAGGUGCGAAUGGAGGAGCCGGUGCAGGAGCAGGUGCAGGAGCAGGUUCGAAUGGAGGAGCCGGCGCAGGAGCAGGCGCAGGAGCAGGCGCAGGAUCAUCAUCUGAACAACCAACUGAAACAACUUCCAGCUCUGAACAACCAUGUGAUGGAUCUAGCAGUUCUCCCAGUUCUGAACAACCAACUCAAACACCUAGCAGCUCUCCCUCAUCUAGUUCUCCCAGUUCUGAACAACCAACUCAAACACCUAGCAGCUCUCCCUCAUCUAGUUCUCCCAGUUCUGAACAACCAACUCAAACACCUAGCAGCUCUGUCUCACCUAGUUCUCCCACUUCUGAACAACCAAGCGGUGGAUCUGGUGCAGGAGCAGGUGCAGGAGCAGGUUCUAAUGGAGGAGCAGGCGCAGGAGCAGGUGCAGGAGCAGGUUCGAAUGGAGGAGCAGGCGCAGGAGCAGGCGCAGGAGCAGGCGGCGCAGGAGCAGGCGCAGGAGCAGGCGCAGGAGCAGGUGUAGGAUCAACAUCAUCUGAACAACCAACUGGAACAACUUCCAGCUCUGAACAACCAUGUGAUGGAUCUAGCAGCUCUCCCAGUUCUGAACAACCAUCUCAAACACCUAGCAGCUCUCCCUCAUCUAGUUCUCCCAGUUCUGAACAACCCAGUUCUGAACAACCCAGUUCUGAACAACCAAGCGGUGGAUCCGGCGCAGGAGCAGGUGCAGGAGCAGGUUCGAAUGGAGGAGCAGGCGCAGGAGCAGGCGCUGGAGCAGGCUCAGGACCAAAUUCAGGUGCAGGAGCAGGCGCAGGAGCAGGCUCAGGACCAGAUUCAGGUGCAGGAGCAGGCGCAGGAGCAGGCUCAGGACCAGAUUCAGGUGCAGGAGCAGGCGCAGGAGCAGGCGUAGGAGUAGGUGGAGGUGUAAGCACCGGACCCAUUCUUCCUCCACGUCUACCUCUUCCACCUAUAUCUCCUCCACGUCUACCUCAUCCACGUUUACCCAUACCUUAUCCUAUUGGACCAAAUCGCUGCCUAUGCUAUUGUUAAUUUAUCGAUCUACAUGAUGUUAUUCAAUCCUAUUCAAUGGUGUUUCAAACCAUUAACAAUUUAGAUAUCAAAAAUUUAAUUGUAUUUAUUUAAAAUAUAGUUAGUGAGCAAAAAAGGAA